AUGCUCGAGGGGAAGAUGCGGCUUUUCUUGUGCAUGUUAGCGGUGAGCGCUGUGGGAGCGACAUCUACUGAGAAGAGGCAUUCCGGAGAAGACAACGACAUCUAUAUCGACGAUCACGCGAGUCUCGUCCGUUCUGGUCCAGCAAAUUCUGAAGAAUACGCUGAUGGACCUUCGCAAUACGCCAUCGCUUACGAGCCCCCGAGGUACAACUACAACUGGGCAGUGAACGACGACUAUUCCAGCAACUACCAGCAAGUGGAAGAGGCCCGGGACGGGGAGCGAACCCACGGGUCCUACCGGGUGCUGCAACCCGACGGGGUUUACAGGACUGUGGUCUACAACGUCGACGGGGACCAGGGUUUCAACGCGGAUGUCCGCUAUCAAAGGGACUCUCAUCACAACAGGGCUAAAGCCUAUCGCCAAGAGUAUGAAGAACAAAGUGGUUCCGAAGAAGCGCACGAAGGGGAAGGUAGGAACGGUCCUAGUGCCAGAUCUGUCAGCUUCUUCCCUUCUUUUGUCCCUGCGGAAGACCCUAACAUAGAAUACUUCACUAUUGAUGAUGCUGUUGCCAAGCCAGAAACAUCUGUGCCAUCCAGCAAGGAUGCUGAUGAACCAGUUCUUGGCCAAGAAGAAACCACAGAAGAAGAUGAUGUGAGGGAAAAGGACAGUGACAAGGAUGAUGUUGAAGUUCGUCCAGUGACCCCAGCAAAGAGUGAGAAGAAUGACAAGAAUGAGAAGACUGAAAGUGUGAACUCAAUUUCUGAGAAUGACGAACAAAUUGAGGUGAAGACUGUGGACUCUAUCCAAGAGACCGAAUGGAAACCAGCGUCCGGUACGACAGACCUCGUCUUCAUUCCCUCUCAACCUGUCGGCGAUUCGGAAUCUGUUCAACCGCCAAUCGUCAAACUCGGCCGUGAGAGCCCAGAGAUCAGCACCAACUGUCCAAAGUUUACUGCCAAAGGCGACGUUGGAUGA